GCUUGCUCUGCAUAUAUUAUUUCCAUCUGCUAAAAAGAUUCCUCUCCUUUGGAAGUUUCAAGGUUUCCAAGGUUGAAGAUAAUGGAUGUCCUGCAUUUCUUGUUUGGAGUUUUUGGAAAUGCCACUGCUUUGUUUCUCUUCUUGGCUCCAACGAUAACGUUCAAGAGGAUCAUAAGAAGCAAAUCCACAGAGCAGUUCUCUGGCAUUCCGUAUGUGAUGACCUUGCUCAACUGCCUCCUUUCCGCUUGGUAUGGACUGCCUUUUGUGUCCAAGAACAAUGUUUUGGUGUCAACAAUCAAUGGAGCUGGCUCAGCAAUUGAAACCAUCUAUGUGUUGAUCUUCCUCAUCUAUGCACCAAAGAAAGAGAAGGCUAAAGUCCUCGGCCUCCUCACUCUUGUGAUCACCAUCUUUACUGGCGUGGCCUUGGUGUCCCUUUUUGCUCUUCAUGGCAACGCCAGGAAGCUAUUCUGUGGCUGUGCUGCUGCUGUUUUCUCUAUUAUCAUGUAUGGCUCCCCGCUGUCUAUCAUGAGGACAGUGAUUAAAACUAAGAGCGUCGAGUACAUGCCAUUCUUCCUGUCACUGUUUGUCUUCCUAUGUGGCACUUCCUGGUUUGUCUAUGGUCUUGUUGGCAGAGACCCUUUCGUUGCUGUCCCAAAUGGAGUUGGCUGUGGUCUGGGGGCAUUGCAGCUGAUAUUGUACUUCAUCUACCGUAACAACAAGGGCGAGGCCAAGAAGCCCAUCCCUACUCAUUCCUUAGAGAUUGGUCCCGGAAAAGUCCACCAAGAGAAGAAAUUGGUUGCCAAUGGAUCCCAUGAUGAACAAGUGUAGAUGAUUUCAGUGCGCAAGCUGCUUUAUAAUGCACAGGGACUGCCUCCUAGUUUACUUGUUACGCUUCAGAUAACCUUCUUUGCUGCAAGUUUGAUCACUUGUUAGGAGUCUUUGUUUCCAAGUUCGCUUUUGAACUCUCUUGUAUUUUUGCUGCGCAACUAAUGACAGCCCUACCUAGAUGAUGAUAAUAUACAAACAAAAAGCAGGACCCUUUCGGUGG